CUCCACCAAUAAAGAACUUUACUACACCAAAUAAGGAACUUUACUACACCAAAUAAAGAACUUUACUACACCAAAUAAAGAACUUUACUACACCAAAUAAAGAACUUUACUACACCGAAUAAAGAACUUUACUACACCAAAUAAAGAACUUUACUACACCAAAUAAAGAACUUUACUACACCAAAUAAGGAACUUUACUACACCGAAUAAAGAUCUUUACUACACCAAAUAAGGAACUUUACUACACCUGGAUUUUGAACUUGACUAAUAAAGAAGUUUACUUCAGUUAAAUGUAACUUUAUUAGACACUGUAGACGCCAGAGGCAAGAUGUGUGGAGGCGGUGUGGUGAGCGCUCGAGGUCCACGCCCCCCUCAGGAACCGCUGCCUCGCCCGUUGUGCCUCCGCCGUCGCCGCCGCCGCCUCCAGUAACCGCCUCCACCAUGACUGCUGCCUGAAACUAACCCCCAGACUAACCCCCUACGACACAACCCCUUAGCUCGUUUCCUACUCGUUCUUCCCUGUUUAUAGUUACCUCUGCUUCUGUUGCAUCACACGUGGUGUCUAAACCAGCAGACGUACAAGCUAGGAAAUUGUAUUUUGAGUUUGUGGGGAAAACUUGUAUUUAGGCUUACGUUAUAAGCUCCACACGUACCACUUUGUUUCACCAGUUGAGAUUCAGCGAGGAGACUGACUGUCUUAUCCAACUGGUGUAGUGUUAGUCUUUGUGUGUUCCGGCACUGACUGUCGUAGAGCAAAGUUUGUACCUGCUGCAGGGACAUCUAUCAUCUAGAGUUUGUGUUUACAAGAGUCGUUCCUGGCUCUGUCAUAGAGUGAAGUCUGCAGCUGCUGAUACAAGGACACCUAUCAUCUAGAGUUUGUGUUUUAAAGAGUCGUUCCUGGCUCUGUCAUAGUGAAGUCUACAGCUGCUGCUGCUGCUGCUGCUACAGGGACAUCUAUCAUCUAGAGUUUGUGUUUUAAAGAGUCGUUCCUGGUUCUGUCAUAGUGAAGUCUACAGCUGCUGCUGCUACAAGGAUACCUAUCAUCUGAGUUUGUAUUUUAGAGCAAUUCCUGGCUCUAUCAUAGUGAAAUUUCUCUGAAGUCAACACAAUUCAGAGCACCAGCAGCUCUGUUAUCAUAAAAUCCAACCACAAGAGCACCUCUCAUUUAGAGCUGGUAUUGUAGAGCCAUUGAUGGCUCUAUAAUAUAGCAUUAUAAUAUAGCAUUACUGGUGCAGCAUAAGCCUAUCGAAAUUCACUUUUUUCAUAGUGCGUGAUCACUAUAGGCUCCACAGAUGCACUUGUCCUCCAGGACUCUUGUUUUUGAACCAGUCGUGGUCUUAGAGUCUUAAGAUAGGUCAUUUGUACCUUCAAGAAGAGUCUUCAUCAAGGUCAUUUGUGUCACCAAGUAGCCCUCAACAAGGUCAUUUUUACCACCAAGUAGUCCUGAACGAGGUAUUUUGAAUCGCCAAGUAGUUCUUAACAAGGUCAUUUGUACCAAGUAGUCCUCAACAAGGUUAUUUGUACCACCAAGUAGUCCUUAACAAGGUCGGUUGUACCACCAAGUAGUCCUUAACAAGGUCGUUUGUACCACCAAGUAGUCCUUAACAAGGUCGUUUGUACCACCAAGUAGUCCCUAACAAGGUCGUAACUACGGAACUGUGGACAAUAUUAGCCUCUCUUAUCCCCCACCAUAGAGCUGAGUUUCCCCAAGAUCACUCUGCUGCGAGUCGUACUCGCCGAGUUGCGAGUCUGGGGGGUCGAGACGCCGGCCUCUUGGCUGGACCGACACGCAGCAGCCACCAAGGAGCCGUCACACACAGCUGCGCAUGGAGGGACCCCUCUCGUCUAGAGCCUGUGUCUUAGGGCUCUAGAUAGAGAAAUAUUUGUAGAGCCUCGCUAUGUGCCGAGCGUAAACGUACCAGCACAGGUUUUUUUAUUUUUCGUUGAUUUUUGUAAGUUUCGUUAGCACCACCUUGUUUAUGUUGGAUUUCCCAAUUCUUCGAUUUUUCUUUGAAUAAGUUUACCACAUAACCCCAAACACAACCACAUAACCACAACCACAUAACUACAACCACACAACAACAACCACGUAACUACAACCACUUAACCACCCCCACAGUAAUUACCACAUCGAUAACGACAUGAAAACGACCAAUAUUUUCUCACCGACUGAAGAGUUUAAGGUGUUAUGAAGGUAGUCAGGUGUGAGUGGGCACCAUCACUGGUGGUGGAGUGGCUGUCAGGUGAACUGGAGGAGCGUGGCAUCCCUGGACCUAUCUAUGCUCAUACCCUCCUCUCCCUCCUCCACCACCACUACUGCCCUCACCCUGCCCCUACCACCCCAUGCACCCCCUACCACCACCUGGAUGACUUCGACCUGCGCGACCUGGAUGACCUAGGUCGCCCUAUCCAUCCCGACGCUGACCUGCCAGACCUGCUCGAGUUCACAUCUCAACAGGAAGGUGUCAGUCGUAGAGCUCGGAAGCGACACAAGGCGCGCCAGAAACAACGACCACUCACCUCCGAACAACUGCAGAAGCUCACUGCUCUACGCUGUCUUAUGUCUGCCUCUGAUGAGCGUUAUGAGCUGGAGAGCUUGGUUGAAGAGCUGUGUUCCCGCCUCAAGUCCGCCACCAACAAAGUUCACCUUAAUGCCAGCAACGGCAGCGUCGCUGUAUGCACCAAGCAAGUUGUUGGUGCUGGUGCCAGGUGCACCGCCGACCUGGAUGACUACACUUCAUCCUCCACCCCCGAGGAGCAGGCAGAGAGGUACUAUGCAGCGUUCCCACCUCUAGGUGGGUCUUGCAAAGGGCAUUGCCUUGAUAAGUCUUGCAAGACUGGGCAUGAUCUCUGUCCGUGUGUGUGGGAAGGCAAGAAAUCCUCAUUUGUAAUAGAGGAUCAGGGUAUGCCAGGCAGCACCGUCAAGAUGCAACGGACGCAUCGCAAGAAGUGCCGCGAGAAGGAUAAGAGGGAGGCAGGGGACCAGCUGGACGACUUGUCCCGGGGCCACCUAGUGCCGUUCACCUGGCGCCCUGCUGUCAAGCAUAAGGAGGCACUCUUUGGUGAGAGUUACGACACUGACAGUGCCUCGGAGACCGAGAGGAACCUAGAGCGGAGACGCAAGAAAUUCACUGGACCGCUGCUGGAUGAGGACAUCGGAGAAGGUUACAUCGGAGACACCAGCUCCAGGGAGAGCUCAGAGGACAGGGAUAAAGGGGACCAGGAUGUUGACAAGGCCAGGGAGGAGAAAUGUGAUAAAACUGGUGGAAACACAGAGAAAGUGAAGAGAAAUGAGGAGUGGGAAUGUAUGGGAGACUUGCUCCUGGCAGUUAGUGGCAGUGAUAGUAAUGAUCAGCAAGGUGGUGGUGGUGGCAGUGGUGGUGGUGACGAUGGUGGUGGUGGAAGUCGACUGUUUGAACGUGGCAGCACCACCGACGGCAGUAGCAGCUCUAGUAGUGAUAGUGACACCCAGGAGGCAGAAAGCGUCAGGCAACUGGAGGAGAAAAUCUGUAGUUCGGUGGCUCAGGUGUGGGGUCAGGGAGAGUGUGGGGGUCACAGCUGUGGGGACCACGUGUGGGACCCACCAGGUCUUCAAGACAUGCCUCACCUUCCCACCGUGUGGGGCUUAAACCUUGCCAAAGCGAACGACACGUGCAUUGCCGGUGAGCACGGCAGUGACGUCGCAGUGCCGGCCUUCACCCCCGUUGACGAUGCCUGGCACCGCAACCACUCGUGGCACCAUGUCAACCCCAUCACAGAAGAAGACCCUCUUUGCACUCUAUCAAAUCAGAGUCCCAUCUGUAACUUCCAAGACAACUCAAAAGACUCUACCACUCUUCUCCACCUACACAAUAGCCUACAAAAGUCCAUAUGGUCGGACUACAAUGCUAACAACAUCUCUGGUAACGAAGGCACGCUUCUCGUCUGCAUGGAUGACUAUAGCCUCAGCAAUAGUCUAGAACCGUAUCAAGACCAUGACCGUAAUUGUCACACGACGGAGGAGUUGGAAAAUAAGUUGUGCGAAUCAUUCAUGCAGAUGGGUUUAGAAAAUAUCUGGGAUAAUACGUUGGGUCUGGAAGGUGUCUUCGCAGAGUUCAGCGUCAGUACCAGCAAUUUGGAAUGUCCCUCGGAGAACAGUAGUCAUGGAGAACUGACGCAAGACAGCCAGACAGACUCUGAACACGAAAAGAUGAUGGCGCUUGUGGAGGACGUGUGCAAAAGUUACGAAUCUCAGGAGGAGGUUCUGACAGACAGUUCUGCUGGCAAGCCAGUGCCUUCGGGUCCCAGUGGGCCCCAGGCUGAUCUCCGCCACACAGAGAACAGUGGCUUCUCCAUGGUCAUCCCUAGAGGCAAGAGUGCUGAACCAGCUCCAUCUGUGGAACAGGCGGCGGAAAACCUGCUGGGGUCAGGCGGCGACGCUUCAGGCCAUGAAGACGCGCUGGAGAACGUGGAUGCAUUACCCACGACCCAUGAAGAGGAAAACUUAUUAACGUCCCCACGAACACACUUCCGACCAAUCCGACAAGAUAGCAUAGGCAGCACCGCUGACGAUCACUAUGAGGAUGGCACCAUGUUCAUGGUGAACUCUGAACGUCCAGAUCUGCCCUUUCAGCGGACUAGUAGCGGAACACUCUUCCUGGAGAGUGAUAUAUUGGAAGGAUCACCCAAGAAGUACAUGGUGUACAAGGAACCAGUGCUCAAGAUAGUGCACACGGAGGAACAAGAGGUGGUAGCACAGGAAACUGUUCCACUCAUUGCUUUAGUUCCAAAAUUCAAAGUGGUGAACAAUGAAAAGUUUUGCCAAACUGAAGAGGACACUUCACAGAGUGAAGUGCGUUCUUUACCCCUUAGUGUGGACCAGAAAGUUAGCCUGCGUGAAAGAACCGGUCUGAAAGACCAUUUCCCACAUAAAUGUGACGAACAGGAACCAGACGUGUUUGGGUUCCAGCAACAAGACUUUCCUGACAGUAAUCUGGCCAGUAUAUGGAAGAGUGAAGCUCAUCUGGUAGAUGCUGCCUACUCACAGAACAUCUGGCAGGUACAAGCGCACCAGGAGAGGGACGACACCUGGCCGAGGUUGAACGACCCAGAGACUGGAGGAAUUGUGGGUAAUUCGUGGGUUGAGAGGGAGAGGGAGGGUGCCACUGGCUGGAGCAGCGAGGGCCACUUUGAACCCCAACCAGAGCGCAAUGUUAGUGCCAAGUCCCAGGCUGUUGUCAUACCCACAUCCUUGGCAUCACUGUGGCACCGUAACAACUCCUCUGCAUCCCCCAGCAUUCCCUCCUCCAUGACUAGCCUUCAGGCACUCUGGAGUGCUUGCAACGCACAUGCUAAUGAGGAUUCAGAGUGUGACGUCAACAGGGCCAACAUGUACGUGAUAUCCAACCCCACCACGUACAUACCAGGUAAGCUGCAGGAUAACCACCAUAUGAUAGCUGGGCUGACACAGGAUGGACCCUGGAAGCCAGUCAUCAACGUGAACAAGAGUGGCGACGCCAAGAAUGACAAGAUUUGGUCGGAAAGUUCUCGCACCGCUGACGGAACAACUCUCAGUCUUGACACUGUGCCAGCAAGGAGUGUCAUUGUAGGAGUGUAUGGCGACGCACCAGAAGCAUGCACAGAACUACGCCUGGAGGUGCAACAAGAGGCUGACGAACUACUAGGUGCCGUGCAUGCCCACACCUCUCACGAGAGCACCAUGCACCCUGACGUCGUGCACUCGCUGCUUGCCGAUGAAUCGCACUCACUGCCUCCACUCCAUGAACGGCUCAAGAAAUAUUCAUGCAGCAAUCCAGUUAGCAAGACAGCGAGCUGUGGCAUCCCAGAGUGGCGGAGUAAGCCGGCAUCAGCGGCUGGUGCUGAACGUGAGGACCUGGAUGACCUGGCGCCGGACUGGCAAUUGAAUGAUGGAUUUGAGUGGGGACCCCAGUCUACUACCAGUCAUCUUACGGAUUGUGAUGAUAGAUUGUGUGAGAAGAGCGAAGAUGGUGACGAUGAUUGUGAAGGAGGCGAAGUGAUUGUGUACGACAGGAACAGUGGCACAACCUACACCAUACCUGUACAGUACUUGGAUGACACCCUCUACGACGAGGUAUUUGGCGCCAGGGACCCCGGCAGCCAUUGUCUGGGCGCCGGGGGGGAGGAGGGUAGCGGUGCCCAGUGUCUGGGCGGUUCUCUGCCAGACCUGCCCCUGGGGGCAGCAGGAACAACUAUCAUCCACUACUCUAAUGUGCUGGAAGAUCAGUGGAAGAACAGUGGCAUUCCUUACAAGGUUCAAGUACCACGUAAAGGACGAGCCGGUCGUUGGCUGCCACCCUGGCGUCGUCCCUGCACCUUCUUCAUGGAAGGCAGCUGUCGGAGGAGCGACUGCAGGUUCUCCCAUGACCUGGCCUCCAUCACCUGCAGGCGACGUCGGCGGAACAAGAGCGAGGGAGCAGCCCACAGCGAGAGAGACAAGAUGCAGCAUCACAGCUCCUCCUUCGAGAUCGACUCUGAGAUGGACUUCCCAGCUCUCGGCUCCUCCUGUGACAGCAAGAAUGGAAGUGUGGAAGAUGGGUCUUACAUGAUGGGCAGCAGUGGUAGCAGUGGUGGUGGUGGUGGUGGCGGUGGUGGCACUGGCGGUGGUGGCACUGGUGGCACUGGGCCAGCAGUGACCCGCAAGAAGAAGCGCAGGUUCAUCGCUGUCAGCAACAAGGUUCUAGACAAGAUGAAGAGUGAAGGUGGCACUGAUGGCGCUGGUAGACGAGAGUGCCACCACCGCCACUACCACCACCACCACCACCACCACCACCACCAAGCAACCACCAUUGACCUGAGUGUUGCAACCACAACCACCACCACCACCACUGCCAGCAACCAGCCAGCGCAGCACACGCUGAGGGCCAAGAGGCACCGUGCCACCGCCUCGGGUCACGACGAUGGCACAGUGUCGGACUACUGAUGGCGUGCCAUCUGGCAGCGACUAGAUGAAGAGCCAAGUCAGAAUUUCUGGACGCUAUGAUGAGCAAGAGACAAUUCAUCACUAAGCUGAAGACUACAGAAAACAUGUCAGUCAAGCUUUCAUCUGCUGUAAGCCAUCUUCAGUACCUGGAGUACGUGGUCAUGGGCAAGCCUGACACACACACUGAGAUCUUAGAUUUAGCUGCUGCUCUACAGACUUGUAGUACAUCCUCUGUGGUCUUACAGUGUAUGAUGACCUCUCUGAAGAACUUUCUAAAAUACUUUCAUACACAGAUGUUAUGUAUGUAUGUAGGUGCCAGCUCAACCAGGCUGUGAUGGAUAGUGGGCCAGUGGGCCUCCAUCAACAACAGCCUGGCUGACCAGGCUUGCACCAGACAAGCCUGGCCCAUGGCCAGGCUCCAGGAGUAGAAAGAUUUGAAACUCAACCAAGGUAUAAAAGUAUGUGUAGAAGUGGGAGAAGACUAUUGUACUGGGGAACUUGGGGAUUUAUGUGACUGUGGAACAACUGUACACCCUUGACUCAAUCUGUACAUCAUUGAUGACAAAAUUUCUAUAAUAUAACCAGGGGCCCUCAACACAGCCAUCACAGCUUGUAGCUAGGCAAAUCUUGGUACAACUGUUCACUCCAAGUCACUUCUUACUUUGAACAAGUGUACAGUUUUAUAAUACAGAGCUAUGUCAAAAGUAAUGACUUGGAUUUUCUUUGCCGUGACUCACGAAGUCAUAACGCAGUUGCAAACAAAUUAGGGAGCAGGGGACUUUUACCCAUUCCUAAAACACAGGCCAGUGCAUUAACCACUGAGCCAAAUGCCUCUUGAUAAGAUUCAGCCAUUUAGUUGGAUGAUUCUUAUUGUAGCCAACUGGCCCAGCGGUUAGCGCACCGGCCUGGAGUUUUACGGCUCGCUCACCAUGGGUUCUAACCCCACCCGUACCCUAGUUUGAUUUAUUCUUCAGCAGUAAGUUCUUGAAGUGGUUUGCUUGCAUGUUCACAGUUAACAAGUGGACCACUCAUGUGCAGCCUCUUGAAACAGUAGUGAACCACAAGUGACUUAGUCUGCUUGAUACAGAAUAGUUGUAAUCUGUCUGGCAGAGACUGCACCUCUACCAUUGUAACCUGUCUGCUUGGUAGAGACUGCACCUCUACCAUUGUAACCUGUCUGCUUGGUAGAGACUGCACCUCUACCAUUGUAACCUGUCUGCUUGGUAGAGACUGCACCUCUACCAUUGUAACCUGUCUGCUUGGUAGAGACUGCACCUCUACCAUUGUAACCUGUCUGCUUGGUAGAGACUGCACCUCUACCAUUGUAACCUGUCUGCUUGGUAGAGACUGCACCUCUGCCAUUGUAACCUGUCUGCUUGGUAGAGACUGCACCUCUACCAUUGUAACCUGUCUGCUUGGUAGAGACUGCACCUCUACCAUUGUAACCUGUCUGCUUGGUAGAGACUGCACCUCUACCAUUGUAACCUGUCUGCUUGGUAGAGACUGUGCCUCUACCAUUGUAACCUGUCUGCUUGGUAGAGACUGCACCUCUACCAUUGUAACCUGUCUGCUUGGUAGAGACUGUGCCUCUACCAUUGUAACCUGUCUGCUUGGCAAAAGACUGCACCUCUACCAUUGUAACCUGUCUGCUUGGUAGAGACUGUGCCUCUACCAUUGUAACCUGUCUGCUUGGUAGAGACUGCACCUCUACCAUUGUAACCUGUCUGCUUGGUAGAGACUGCAGACUGGCAGACUCUAAACCUUUUUUUUUUUUUUUCCUUCUGAAAUGUAGUUCAGUGACUGCUGGAUCACCACUUGGGGUGAAAGUUGUUGAUCUCUUUCAGCAAAAUAACCCCAGUUAGAAGGCACCAACAUUAACCAAGCUUCUACAAGAAUCUAAGCCACUGUUUGUGUAACUUUCUCUCUUCGACGCACUGGCCGUCUCCCACCGAGGCAGGGUGACCUAAAAAGAAAAAUAAAGUUUUUUUUUUUUUUUUAAAUUUAGUAAUUUAUACAGGAGAAGGGGUUACUAACCCCUUGCUGCCAGCAUUUUAGCCUCUAACGACAUGCAUGGCUUACGCAGGAAGGAUUCGUGACCAUUUCCCCAUGGAGGUGUUCGUAUAACUAUCCACUGAAAAUUGAAUGCACGAAUAAAACACAUUGCCUCCACUGCCUUGCAACCCCUGACAAGAAAAACACUAUAACUGAUGUUACAAAUCCUGAGAUAAUACAGUUAAAAACUAUUUCUGUACCUCUACAGGUUGCCUACAAUCACAGGUUUCAGGAUAUAUGUACUCUGAAACAGCCUCUUUGAAAAUCAGUGUGGCAGCCAUACACAGUCUGCCCAAGUGGAAAUGUUGGUGUUAUAAUUCCUUGUUAUGAUGUUUGUCAAAAAACCACUUGGAUUUACAAAUCCCCCAAAAUUUGUGACAAGAUACCAAGGGUGAGUUACAAUGUUUCUGUAUCUAUUGAAUGAUUUUUGAAAAAAUGUGAAACUGUUAUAGAAUUCUACACACGUUCCUGAAAUUGUACCAGCUGGCAGCUGUGUGAAUUAUGUGCUCCAGCUGUAAGCAGAUUACAGCUUUCAGAUGUAAGCUGAUUCUAGCUUCAACUGUAAGCUGUUUAUGGUUUCAAAAAUGGUUUUAUUUUUUACAGUAGCUGGAUACAGCACCCUUGCUACUACUACUGCUGCUGCUGCUACUGCUGCCACUUGUAUUAAGUGUACUUACACACUUUCCACUGCAGUGGACAUAUAUGAAGUUCAGUCAAGCAUUGAAUGCCCGGACAAAUUGAAUAUGGGUGCCAAGAUGGCGUAUGUUGCCAUCUUGUCAUGCAGCAUUACCAGUGCCAGCCAUUAGUGAGAGAUUUGGCACUGCAUACAGACUAUUUUAGGCUGUGGUCCAGGACCACGCAAUGUUUAAAUAGACGGAGGAUCGAGCCUCCAUUCCCCAUGUUGACACGUUCGACACUUCUGCAGAACGAUGAGACUGAAGCAUGGGCUAGGGUGGUCAUGUCCCUCCCUUAAGCAACCCAUGGGCUUGGAAGAAUCGCGUGAGUCGUGGCACUAUUGUCGUCAAGUAGAUCAAAUGGGCAAAAGUGUGUUACCAGAGCCGGCACAGUCGUGGGCACCUGGAACGACAGUGAUGCACCAGGUAUGGUCUGGGGGAGUAUGGGGUUCUUGUGAAGAUGCCCGUACCCUGCCUAGCACCUAGCCACUGUACCAUGGCUAGAACUGUUGACCCACACCUUAAGAAACCUUAGUGCACUUUAGAUGUGUGUGUGUGUCUAAGGGUACCUUAGAUGAUGUGUUCUGUGUGUGUACAUCUAAGUGCACCUUAGAUGUGUGUGUACAUCUAAGUGCACCUUAGAUGUGUGUGUACAUCUAAGGAUACCUUAGGUGUGUGUGUACAUCUAAAGGUACCUAAGAUGAUGUGUGUGUACAUCUAAGUGCACCUUAGAUGUGUGUGUACAUCUAAGGAUACCUUAGGUGUGUGUGUACAUCUAAAGGUACCUAAGAUGAUGUGUGUGUACAUCUAAGUGUACCUUAGACGUGUGUGUAUAUUGAAGGGUCCCUUAGACGAUGUGUGUGUUCAUCUAAGUGCACGUUAGACGUGUGUGUGCAUCAAAGUGUAGGAUAAUGACGAGUAACGACCACACUUCCAGAGCCCCACAACAUGAUCGCUGUUCUCUCUUGUUUUCAAACUACAGUAAGAAUACUACAUUACCCCAGGAGUGUAUCAGUGUUGGCAGGUUGCUCUUGCAACUACAGUUAACUCUUAUACAACUCUACACAGUGCAGUUAUUCGUAAAUACAAUUGAAAAAGUACAUCCAGAAUUGAGGAGCGUAGACUGUGAAGGCCUUUCAACGUGAUAUUCCAUUUUUGAUGAACUUUAUCAGUUGCAUUUGCAGAAGUUCCAGCUGUAUAGAGGAACUUUAUAAGAGAACUGUAUCUUAAGUUCUAUUUUAUUUUUAUAAUCAUUUACAGGGUGCAGCAUUAGCCACAAAAAACUUUCUUUUAUUUGACCAUAGUUAUUGGCACCAUGUCAGCUAAGUCAAAAGUCAUUUUAUUUUUUAUACCGUCUCCUGCCGAGGUGACACAGCCCCGAGAAGAAGAAACAUAAUCACCAUCAUUCAGCCAGUCGCCAUCGCCGGAUGUAGUGCCAGCAUCACGGUUCAGACGGCCCUCUGAACUGUGACAUUGUCACCGUUCUGGCAAGACAUUGAUUGAACGAUGCCGACAGUGUUUCUUCCGAGCCGCCCGCACCUCGGUAAACCGACUUGUGCCGCACACUGUAAGUUAAGUUUGGCUGACUUACGCCUUCUAGUCAAGUAACCCAAAGUUUCUAAUUUUUUUUUUUUGACUUUCUGAAGUUUCACCACGAUCUACUCGACCCGUUCUUGUUCAGUACGUGUAUUUUGAACAUAACGAUAUGAGGUCACAAAGGUUCAUGUGUAACAAGAAGCUGCAGUUAUUUUGAACAUUAUGCAAGUUAUUUUGAACAUUAUGUGAGUUAUUCUGAACAUUAUGUGAGUUAUGUUUAAGUUCGUUCAAUUUCUCACAUGUGAGAUGGAUAAAUAUGUAUUUUUUAUGUAUUUUGAUUUAUAUUAUUUUCCUCUUGUUACAUACAGCAAUAAUGUAAUGUCUUGGAAAUAAAGAGAGAACAAGAGAA